AUGCAGUCUCUGACCAUCGAAGACCCCGAGGAUUCGGAAACUGAGGCCUCAGUUUCUGAUAAAAUUCGCAGAAGAUCUACUAUCAAUUUAGGAAACCAACGACAACGGAAUGUCCGCCGAAUCCGGUUGAAAGUAUAUAAUUUCCUUGAAAAACCAUUGAACGCGGCGUCAGCACCAUAUCAUUUUUGUCGUAUAUACUAUUUAUUCCACACCGUAACUCUUAUCGAUAUUCUCAUCAUCCCCGCCACCAUUCUUCUCCUAGUUUUCAAGGGACAUGACGUCGACGGUUCCACUCUGGAUACAUUGCGUUUUAUCCAGAUUUUACGACUUUUCCAUGUGGACCGCCAAAUGGCUACAUGGAAAUUGCUCAGGAAAAUGAUUAUACUUGGAAAAUGGCAGCUCAUGGCAACGUAUUAUAUAACUCUUGUUGUUGGAUUGAGCCUAGCCACUAUCGUCUAUUCCACUGAAGCAAUGGCUCAAGGAAUUGAGGACAACGGCUAUAGUCUGAAGGUUCCUGAGGGAGUUAACGCCACAUUCCCUUCAAUGGCUCACUCCUGGUGGUUCACUGCAGUUACUGUCCUUACCGUUGGCUAUGGAGAUAUCUCACCAGUUGGUGCUCUCACCAAAUUUUUGGUCUGCGUCUUGGGAUUCAUUGCGUUCUGCACAUUUCAAGCAGCUAAUACUCAGAUCUCUGUUGGUCUGACGCUUAUGAUGGAGGAAGAGAACAAGAACCAACAAACGAAUCGGUUGAGAAAUCUAGCUGCCUCUACUAUCCAAUGUUGGUGGAGGUAUCAUCUCGCCACUAACUGGAAACCGCCACGUCGUUAUGCUUACUUCGUUCAUGUUUGCUACAAACUAUAUGUUACCGAAGAACGAAUUAACCAAAACCGAGUGCUCGCGAACAAGUUGAGAGAAAAGUUGGAGAAACGGCGCCCUAUCAAGAAAAAAUCCAUCACGCAUCAGAACUCCGUCACGGCUGAAUUAUUGAAGUUCGGGUUGAAGGGGAUGGCAAGACCGAUGUUGGAGAAACAGGACAGUUUUGAUAAAGUUGAACGAAAACACUCUCUGAGGAGAACUCGAAGUGAAGAUCGUCGUUCCAGUCUUCCAGAUGCCCUUGCCGUUGUUGACCCAGCCAUACGUAAACGAGUUUUGUUUGCCGAGGCACGUAACAGUUCAGUGGAGACCUCCAUGUCCUCUUCUUGUGACGUUUCCGAAUUAGAGACGCAAUUUGAAAUCAAGAACUUUCUCGAGCAGAAUGUAGACGAGCUCAGCUCCAAAGAAGUCGAUAUCAGUUUGCUUAUCAAAUAUCGCCCACUUCUCCGUUUCUACUACUUUGUGAUGUUCCGUUUUGUUAUGAGCAAGUUUCAUAACCAAAGAAUCGCUGGACAACUCCUGAUGAUUGAAGCGGAAAUCGCCGAGCGCGAGAAUCAGCGCAAUCAAAAGAUGAAGGAGUUGGAGGCUUCUAUCCUAGAGCUCACCGGAAAACCAACGGUCUCACCGUUUGAUGACUCCGGAGAGAAGCUUUCAAUCAUCCAACGCAUGGAGUUCUGCGAGCGAAGAAUGGAAGAGUUGGAACGUAAGACCGAUGCAAUCAACGAAAUCACUAUCAAGUGUUUGAACUUGAUGUUAAUCGAGCAGGAAAUCAUCAAAGCAAAAAAAGACGAGUCAACUCUCCCACCAAAGCCACCAAGCGCUGCCAACAAGCGUCCGAAGUCCGCGGGUCCAAGACGGCAAGUCACCAUCGUCGAUCAGUACGACACAUUGGAUGAUUGCGAAACGACCAGUUUGGACAGAGUCUAA